UUGUUUGUACCAUACACGUGGACACUUCUUUCUCCUUUAGUUUUGAUUCUCUGUCUUAGUUGUUACUCCUGUACUGUAUGCAUAUAUGAUCUGUAACACCCACCCACUCCCACCCUCCCCCAUAAAAAAAAACACAACCUCUCAAAUGCUUGAACUAAAGAUUUUUCUCUUCUUUUUUGUGUCAGCAAAUGUCGUUAAUUAAAAGGUUGUGUUGAUUUUAAGAUAUUGAGUAUCAUAGCUUCCACUAAGUUCUAUGAAGCUAAGGUACUAGUACUUGUAAUUUGUAACAGCCCUAGCUUUCAUAAUUAGUGUCUAAUACUUUUAUAUUACAUUACUCGUGAUGACACUUGCAAAAUGCAAUCCAUGAACUUAGGACCUAGAAGGGCAACUCAAGAGUUAAGUUCUAAAAAUUCUAAGGGAGAAAAUGAUGUGGUUUUAUACACCCUCUCCCCACUCCACUUCAUUUGUAUAUUCUUUAUCCGUGAAUAAUAAUCAAGUAAUACUGUAUCACUCAAAAGAUAUCUACAAUAGGACCAUUUUAGGCAAAGCAACACUUAAUAAAAAAUUAAAAUUUAUAAGCUUGAAAGACAAAUUAACCACUACGAUAGGACCAUUUUAGAGAAAGCAAUAACAAAGAUCUCAUUUGGGUUUGCGGCCCAUAUAGCAAUUGAGAAUCGGUGGUGGUAUUUGAGAGUUUCCAGGUAGCCAAAACCCGUUUUUCCCGGGUAAAACCAAACAGAAAACAACGACCAUCAUCACUCCCAAGAAAAGAAAAGACAUGAACAUCUAUCCACAAAAACAACUCAUCUUCAACUAAAAUAUUCUAUCUUUAAUUGCUAGAUGCAUUUGUUGUCAUAAUAGUUAUGGCUGAUUCCUUAACAGGUUCUCAAUUCUUUGCCACCUAUUUUUCUGCUCAAAAACCCUUCCUUUUACUCCCACUUGUUUCCCUUCACUACCCAACUCCUGUCAGAAGAAGAGGAAGAAGAAAACCACUUCACAUUGCUUUCUGCUCCACACCCACUUCCCCAAAUAUUGAUGUCAUCUCCACCCAUGAGCAUUCUGAUGGCACUGUACUGUUUCGGUUUGGGGACCCAAGCGAGGUAGCGAAAGAGAAUGAAUUGGAGGAACCCCUUUUGGGGGUUGAAGAGGUGGAAAGGGAUGGUGAGGAGGAAGUUAGUGUGGUGAAGGUUUUACAUGGUGGUAAUGAGAGAGAAGUCAUUGUCAAGAAAGUAGAGAGAGAAGCCGAGGGUCAGGCUGUGACUGUGGCCACUGAUGCUGGUGUCUCUGAAUCAGUAGCAACUAACAACAGGAGUAAUGAUUUUGUUGAAAAAGAGAUUGGAUUGUGUGAAGAUUUUCCCGCUGAUGAAAUUGGUUUGGUUUCACCUCUACGAAUUCAAGAUCAAUCUGUGGCUGAAGUCGAUAUUGAGAAUGCAGGACAUGUUGAGGAGAUUUUUAAAAAGAAAAAUGAUAGUGAAGCUUCAGUUCCACCACCAGAUAAUUCCAAUCCUUCUUUGGAAAUUGAGGAAGAAGUGAAGGGUCAAUCAAGUGAUGAAUCAUUUGAAGAAUUGGAUGAUGACAAGUCACCUCUUUUAAGUUCACCUGCAGCAAUGCCUGAAUAUUCUGACUUGGUAAACACUAAGGAAAUUGAAGAAUCUGAGGGAGAAGGUUCAAGUCAAUUGACAGAGAACGAUGGUGACAAGGAUUGUCACGAUGAUUCAAAUCCUUUGAUGGAAAAUGGUACUGCUUUGAGUGAAAUUGAGGCAGCCGAGGAUUAUAUUGAGAUUGUCCAACAGACUCAACAAGUAUCUGAAAAUAUUGAUCCUAUGAUGGAAGAGCCCGUAGAGAGCGCUCCCGAGGUAAUUAAUCUGGGGAAUACUGAAACUGUUGUUGAUGAAAUUAAUCUAGAGAUUACUCCCGAGAGAAUUAAUCUGGGGGAUACUGAAACUGUUGGCGAAAUUAGUCCCGAGAAUGCUCCCGAGGGAAUUCAUCUGGGGAAUACUGAAACUGUUGUUGACGAAAUUAGUUCAGACAAUGCUCCUGAUGGAAUUGAUCUGGGGAAUACUGAAACUGUUGUUGACGAAAUUUGUCCAGAGAAUGUUCCAGGGGGAAUUAAUCAGGGGAAUACUGAAACUGUUGUUGAUGAAAUUAGUCCAGAGAAUCCUGAUAUUAGACAUUUGUCUAUGGAUGCUGAAGACCAGAGUAUCGAAGUCCUUAAUUUUGAAAAUGAUGAUCUAACCGAGCUGAGUAAUUUGUCUGUAUUUACAGAAGAUCAGGCUUCCCAAAUUAGUACCUUCAAGGAUAGUGGUGAGACUAAUGUGAUUGAAGCAAUGCCUCUGUCUCCUAAGCUGGGGGCUGAACCAAUUCUUGAUGAGGAAGUUGAUCAAAACCUAAUAUCAGAGUCUAAUGAAGGUGAAAGUCCAUUACCACCAGAUGCAAAUUUGCCUAGCUUAUCCUUGGAAGAGGAAAGAAAGGAAGAUGUAGAAAACACUGGGAUCAUGGAAGUGUCUGGUCAUGAAGUUGCUGAGGAUGAAUCUUCAGAAGUCUUUGAUAGCAGCAAGGAAGCUACACCAGCAGCAGCAGAAUUAAUUCUGUCUUCUGGUGCUACUUUACUACAAUAUCCCUCCAAGGCAUUCGCAGGUGGACAUGAAGCAUACUUUAUUGCUUGUGGAAAGUGGCUAGGGGUAGCCGAUGGAGUUGGUUCCUGGUCAUUGGAAGGGAGUGAUCCAGGAGUAUAUGCCCAGGAACUCAUGCAAAAUAGUGAAUUCAUUGUUUCUCAAUGUGACAAGGAUUCAAUAAAUGACCCUAAGCAAGUUCUUAAUCUGAGCGUCUCAAAAACAGAUUCCCCAGGAUCUUCAACAGUCUUGAUUGCUCAUUUUGAUGGAAAGGCUCUUUAUGUGGCUAAUAUUGGCGACUCUGGAUUUAUCAUAGUAAGGAAUGGCCGUGUUUAUAGGAAGUCAUCACCCAUGCUUCAUGAAUUCAAUUUGCCCAUACAAAUUGAUAAAGGCGAUGAUCCAUCUCAAUUUCUGGAGGAAUACAAGAUAGAGUUAGAUGAAGGGGACGUCAUUGUCACUGCAACAGAUGCACUUUUUGACAACUUAUAUGAUCAAGAAAUAGUGUCAAUCGUCUCAAGGUCACUGGAAGCUGACAAAAGUCCUCAGGAAACUGCGGAGAUUUUGGCAACAAGAGUGCAACAAGUGGGUAGUUCUACUUCAGGGAGAAGUCCAUUUGCUGAUGCAGCUCAAGCAGCCGGAUAUUUUGGGUAUACUGGUGGCAAGCGCGAUGAUGUGGUUGUCAUUGUAUCCGUAAUUCAAAAGGUAAUCAUGUCAAAUGACAACUAGUACUAUUGUAUUAUAUAUAUCUAGUUGCAUUCCACGUAAAUUCCUUUAUUUUUUCCUUCCACUUUGUAAGAGUUUUGAUGUCUUGAAGAAAGUAACUGUAACAUCUAUGCUGAUGGGGUGCAAUUGCUUCAUUGAAAUGUAAAUUGCUAUAGCAGUAAUUCAAUUGUCAUUGAGCUAGCUAAAUUUCGAAACUAAAUCGAAAUAAACGAAUGCAUUUUUUUAAUUUAAGGUUUUAAGUAUUCAAAA